UCCGAGCUCAGGGACGUUCGACGUACGGCGAUACGGGGCCCGCGGCGAUGGAAGAACUGAUGAUAGCAAGGCUUUUAUGGAUACAUGGACAGCAGCAUGCUCAUCCAGCGGUGUGGCUACGGUGCUAAUUCCUAAAGGGACUUAUCUCACUGGUCCUGUGAAAUUCCACGGCCCUUGUACCAAUGUUCGUUCUAUAACAGUCCAAAUGCAGGGAUAUGUGAAGGCUUCGACGGAUUUGAAUCGGUACGUGUUGGGAGACGAUUGGUUCGAGUUCGCUUGGGUCGAUAGGCUGACGCUGACCGGAGGAGGGACGUUCGACGGGCAGGGAGCGGCCUCAUGGCCUUUUAACAAGUGUCCUCAGAACAAGAACUGCAAAGUCCUUCCCACUUCGGUGAAGUUUGUGACGACCACAAACACUGUAGUGAAAGGGAUAACAUCAGUAAACAGCAAGUUCUUCCACAUAGCUCUGGUCGGAUGUGAGAACUUCUGGGGCGGCAAUAUCAGGAUUAGUGCCCCUUUUGAUAGCCCCAACACCGACGGCAUCCACAUUGACCGUUGCACUGGAGUCACGUUAUACUCUUCUGUGAUCGGUACAGGCGAUGAUUGCAUCUCUGUUGGACAUGGCAACUCUCAAUUACUCAUUAGUGGGAUCACCUGUGGACCAGGACAUGGUAUCAGUGUUGGUAGCUUGGGGAGGUAUAUUGACGAGAGAGACGUUCGAGGACUCAUCAUCAGAGACUGCACACUUGAGGGCACAAUGUUCGGAGUGCGGAUCAAGACAUGGCAAAAUUCUCCGGGGAUAACUUCAGCCUCCAACUUGACAUUUCAAAACAUUGUCAUGAAAAAUGUAGGCAAUCCAAUCUACAUUGACCAAAUGUACUGCCCAUAUUCCUCUUGCUCUAACAAAUCGCCGUCGAAAGUCAAGAUCAGCGAUAUAUUCUUUAAGAACAUUAGAGGGACAUCGACGACUCCCACUGCAGUGACACUCAAAUGCAGCACAGGAAUUCCUUGUCAGAAUGUAAACCUUCAAGAUGUGCAUCUUCGAUAUGUAGGGCGAGAGCCUUCAAGUUCAACGUGCUUGAAUGUCAGAGCGUCAUAUACCGGGAUGCAGAUACCACCACCUUGCCAGUAGUCAUUGCCGGUGGAUUAUUAGGGUGAAUUGGUCACAAUUCUGUCGUGAAUUUGAGCGAGGUAGUGUUUUUUUCGGAGGGUAGAUGGAUUGUAGGUUUCAUUGUAUAAUGAUGUAUGAAGAGUUGGGUUUUAUUUGAAGGUCCCCUCUCGUGUUGUAAUUUUGUAAAAGAUAAUAUUUG